GUGUAGUUAUCAAUAGAGUGCGCGCAAUAAUGUAACGGUUUCUGAUCUGAGUGUUUUUAAUCUUUCAUGGCGCAUGUCGUGUACGUUCAACGAAGAAUAAUUAUCGCUCGCAUUUGACGCAGUGCGUUAGUCUCAUAUUACAAACGGAAAAGAACGUAAUAUAGUGCCGCGUAUUACGCGAUACGCUUUCCGAGCAAGUAAUCCGUGUUAGUGCUCCGUAAAAAAGAACGCGGCGGUUAAGCACUGCAAAGAAAACUUGACAUUGGAACGGCCAUUUUGGCGUGUUGUUUCCUAAUCGAGUGCUCAGCUCAGCAUCGAUAUCCAUCCAUUUCAAGGAAAUAGAUAAUAUUUCAUCAUUUUCAAAAUGAUGACAGAAACACAUAUAAAUUCCAAUCAUGUCCUAAAUUCUGGUUUGAAUACUAAAUCAGAAAUCGACAAAAUGGACGAUGUGGGUUGGAAAGCUAAAUUAAAAAUUCCACCAAAGGACAAACGAAUUAAAACUAGUGAUGUUACUGAUACUCGUGGCAAUGAAUUUGAAGAAUUUUGCCUAAAACGAGAAUUAUUAAUGGGCAUCUUUGAAAAAGGCUGGGAAAAGCCUUCCCCAAUUCAAGAAGCCAGUAUUCCCAUUGCAUUAUCUGGUAAAGAUAUCUUGGCCCGUGCAAAAAAUGGGACUGGUAAAACUGGGGCCUAUUCAAUUCCAGUGCUAGAACAGGUUGAUCCACGAAAAGAUGUGAUUCAGGCACUAGUACUUGUACCUACUAGAGAGUUAGCUCUUCAAACAUCACAAAUUUGCAUUGAACUGGCAAAACACAUGGAAAUAAAAGUAAUGGUAACUACUGGAGGAACAGACUUACGGGAUGAUAUUAUGAGGAUUUACCAGUCAGUGCAAGUAAUAAUAGCAACCCCAGGAAGAAUUCUCGAUCUUAUGGAUAAGAAUGUUGCAAAUAUGGAUCAUUGUAAAACUCUAGUUUUGGAUGAAGCAGAUAAACUUCUGUCACAAGAUUUUAAAGGAAUGUUGGAUCAUGUCAUUUCAAGAUUACCACACGAACGUCAGAUACUGCUGUAUUCAGCCACAUUUCCCCUGACAGUGAAACAAUUCAUGGAAAAACAUUUAAGAGAUCCAUAUGAGAUUAAUUUAAUGGAGGAACUCACAUUGAAAGGUGUAACACAAUAUUAUGCCUUUGUACAAGAACGACAAAAAGUUCAUUGUCUUAACACACUGUUUUCCAAGUUGCAAAUAACACAAAGUAUAAUAUUCUGCAAUUCAACACAACGUGUUGAGUUACUUGCAAAGAAAAUAACAGAUCUUGGAUAUUGCUGUUAUUAUAUACACGCGAAAAUGGCGCAGGCACACCGAAAUCGCGUGUUUCACGAUUUCCGAGCAGGACUUUGCAGAAACUUGGUGAGCAGUGAUCUGUUUACUCGUGGUAUUGACGUUCAAGCCGUGAACGUCGUAAUCAAUUUUGACUUUCCAAAAAUGGCAGAGACAUACCUUCAUCGUAUCGGCCGAUCAGGACGAUUCGGUCACUUAGGUAUAGCAAUUAACCUAAUCACAUACGAGGACCGUUUUAACUUACAUCGUAUCGAACAAGAACUUGGAACAGAAAUUAAACCUAUUCCAAAGGUAAUAGAUCCAAGUUUGUAUGUAGCAAGACCAGAAGACAAUAAUAGCAUGGAAGAGGGUAACGUGUCUAAGUAGUUUCGAUACAUCGUCACGAUGUUUUACAUGCGCUCAAAGAGUUUAAAGUGUUAAAUGGUGAUUGUGUGACUCGUACAUGUAAGGCAUACAUUGCUAUGCUUUGAACUCACAGAGUGAAACGUUAUCUCAGUUUGAAAAGUAUUGUCUGGGGUGUUUAACAGUGUAUAAAGACAAAACAGUGCUAUGAACAUUUAGAUAAAAAAAAAAAAGUGGUCUAUAUAGAAAAAAAUUGAAAAUUUCAAUCAACAUCAUAGUAAAACAGCGAAAAUAUGAAUUACUUGUAAAUAAGGCAUACUGAGUAUGAAACAAUGAACUCAGUGAAUGAAGUGAUGCGAAUGCCGGUGCGAGUCAUUCUUUGUACAUAAAUACAUAUAAAUGUACAUAAUCUAAAGUGCGCGCCAGAGUCAAGCCAUUAUCAAGAGCACAACAUGUAAACAAUUAACAUAAUAAUCAUUACAUUUUACCACAAACUGUAAAUAUUACAUGUGAGUAUCUAUCAUUUUAAUAGUAAAUUUUUAUACAAUGGCUUCAUACUUCCAAGAUUUUUUGUUCUUUAAAAAAAAAAAAAAAAAUGUGAUGGGAUGUGUGAUUUAGAAGGAAACAGCAUAAUGAGAGUAAACUUGUAGUUGAAUGCUGUUUAUAUCUGAAUACCAUAAAUUAAUCCAUAUGCCCAUUACUUUUGCAUCACCAUAUUUUACAUAUAAAUUCUCCUUAAAUACAAUAUAAUACGAUCACAAAUUCUAAAUAUUGUAUCGAUCUUAAUGUUUGAUCAUGGCUUGAUUUUGCUACCUGUCAAUGCUGUCAUACAACUCUGAAAUUCAAAUCACUUUUCAAAAAAGGCAAGAUUAUCUUUUCUUUCUGUAAAGUGGUAAUAGAGACUUUUUUUAACUUAAUCCGAUUUUUUUACGAAAUUGUGAUUGAGCGUCAGAGAUUGUAAAAUUGACUAGUUUUAUAUAAUUAUUUUUUAUAAAUAACUGGCUGGUGGCAUUUAUCGAAGUUAGGGAUUCGAUGUAUGAUGUCUAUUGAAUAUUUAUGUGUCUAUUGUAAUUCAAAAUCGUUCCACCAAUUAAUGUAUGAGUAAUGAAAUUAUCUAGCAAAGAUUAUUUGUUACAUUUAAGACACAUUUUAGGUAAAAUCUAUGAAUAUAAGCAAAAAAAAUGUACAUAAUAUAGCAUAAUAAUAAUAUAUCAUUUUCUGCAACAGAUAAAAAUAACUGCCAAAAUAUAAUAGAACAUCAUCGUGGAAUCCCUUUUUAUUCUUGGUUGUUCUCUUUGAUAUCUAUGUACACAUUAAUCGUAUAAGAAGCAAAAAAAAAAAAAA